AUGUCCUUCUCGAUUCACACGAGGGCAUUUGUUCCGUCGCCGGCGGCCUACUCACCGUCUGGAGUGAAGGAAAAGACUACUGAGGCCGCUCACGCAAAGGACUGCGUGUGUAUCGCUUUCUAUGAGAACGGCAAGUGCCCGUAUGAUUCUCAGUGCGAACACGCACACCACUUUUCAGAACUGAGUAUAGAGACUCAAACGAGACUACUCCAAUGCGUAUCAGUGAGCUCCAUACCGCCGCACUUCUUUGACGCGUCUCAGCCACACGAUAAGAUGCUGACUACCCUGGAUGCCGCGUUACCGAAGACAGUGAUGGCAGCGUACGACCGUUAUAGUAUCAUUCAGAGAGGCGAGGCGGAGCGCACUGUCUCCAUGCGUCGCUGCCCCCCGGGAAAGGAUUGUCAGCUGGUGGUGUCUCACAUUGUAUCACAGCCACCGACGCUUGACGCCGCUGCCCUUUCCAGUCGAACUUCUAGCAGCGCCGAGAGUCUCCACGUAGGUGGUGCGUACCUGCCUAAGGGUUUGUCGUCUCCCACGACUGACGCUUUCGCUGCUGCUGUUGCCUCCACCUCUGCGGACGCUGCCACCUUUAAGAUGCAUCUGCCGGUGCAGUGCCGCUACCCGCAUCGCUCGAUUCCUGGCACCUACUAUGAUGUGCUGGCGCUUUCUCGUGACGCCUCACAGGAUAGCAUCAUCGCCAAGUAUCGCGCCUGGCAGAAAGACGGCUUCAAGCGCAUGCGUCAAGUGGAUCCUGUUGGGGCGGAGGUGGUAGACUGCAUGAUCGUGGAGGCGCGCAAUGUGCUGGGCAAUCCCAUAUUGCGUGCCUCCUACGAUCAGCAGCUGCCUUCUGCACCACUGAAGCAACUGUGGACAACUGUCUCGUGCGGCGCCGGCUUGGCGAGUACGAGCACGACUCCGAGCAAGCACCACACUCAAGGGCAGUCCUCCACAUCCGAAACACACUACAAACUUGAGGAGUCGUACAAACGACUCGGGCACAGCAGCAGCAACUCUAGCGCCUACCACACUGACCAUGCGGCGCCUGUGAUGACUAUCUCAAGCUUGCGUAAUGGAGAGAGCAUUUGGUAG